UCCGGGUGAUCCAGUGAACUCCAGCUGCUCCAACUCCAAACUGCGCUGCGUUAGUUUGCGCGUUAAUCAGCUGAUCGUCUCUGGAGCCAAACAGGUAAGAAGGACAGAAACCUUCUGUGUUCAGGAUGUCGGCGGCUAAGAUGACGGAGGGCAGCGUCCAGCUGGAGAGCAGCAGAGCGCCGCUGUUCUACAGACAAAGUGAACCCGCCACAGGAGACGUGAAGAUGUCGGUGUUGCUCCUCCACGGCAUUCGCUUCUCCUCAGAAAACUGGCUCAACAUCGGCACCUUGGAGGUUCUGGCCGGAGCGGGCUGCCGUGCGGUCGCCAUCGACCUGCCAGGCUUCGGCCGGUCCAAGUCAGCCGAGGCUCCGGCGGCGGUCGGAGAAGUGGCUCCGUCCAGUUUCCUGAAGGAGGUGUGUGAGCGGCUGGGUCUGAGCCCGGUGGUGCUGAUCAGCCCGUCCCUCAGCGGGAUGUACUCCCUCAACUUCCUCCUGCAGCACCCGUCCCUGAUCCGAGCCUUCAUCCCCAUAGCUCCCAUCUGCACCGACAAAUUCACGGCCGAGCAGUACAGGAGCGUAAAGGUCCCGUCGCUGAUCGUGUACGGCGACCAGGACGCCCAGCUCGGAGAGGUGUCGCUCCGUAACCUGAGCAGUCUGGCCAAUCACAGCGUGGUGGUGAUGAAGGGGGCGGGGCACCCCUGUUACCUGGACGACCCCGACACCUGGCACAAAGCGCUCACGGACUUCCUCAACACGCUGUGAAGCUGGAGAGGUUAACACAUGAUGCUUUCAUGAGGAGUUCAGGCCACGACGUCCUCCUGCUCCACCUGAUUUAACGUUCGACUAAUCGGAUCCGACAGCAGAAGAACUUUUCCUGUAAAGGUUCAACCUCAACAUUUUGGGAAACAUUUGCAAACGUAGCCAGCCUGGCAGGGAAACAGAUCCGUCUAGCAGCACGUCUGAAGCUCACUGAUGCCGUCUUCAGUUUGUUUUAUCCACACAAAAAAGUGAAGAGUGUAAUUAUGAGUGUAAAAGUCUCUGGAGGUUCUGAUAUAUCCGCCACAGAACUUAGCAAAACAGAACCGCGUGAAAACAAAACAGACGUGGAUGCCUGUCGUAAGCCAGAGACUGAUGUUCAGUGUAAACAAACCUAAUUUUAAGGGAUGUAGGGAUUAUUGAACGGGCUUAGCGGCUUCAGGCACCGGGGCUCCAGGAGCGAGGAGGCCCCUGGUGUCAGCACCGAACUAUAAUCUCCCAGAAAGAGACACGAAAGCACAGAAAUUCUGUAAAAAGAGACAGAAAUGAAGAUAUGUAUGAAGAUUACGGAGACAAAAUGGCUAAAAAGAUGUGAAUUGACAAAAACGCGACACAUAAUGACAAAAUUGGACACAAAAUGACCAAAACACAACAUAAAAUGACCAAAAUGUGACACAAAAUGACCAAAAUGCGACACAAAAUGAUCAAAAUGUGACACAAUAUUGCACUAAAUGACCAAAACACAACAUAAAAUGACCAUAUUGUGACAAAUAAGGAUCAAAAUGUGACACAAUAUUACAUAAUGUGACACAAAAUGAUCAACAUAUGACACAAAAUGACCAAAAUGUGGCAC